AUGGCCUCUUCGAUUGAUACCUUGAGCGAUGAUGUUUGGACCGGCAAUAUCCUUCCAUUCCUAGGCAUGGGACAAUAUGCCUACAUUGGAGCUUCUUCCUGGAAGCUUAACAACCUCUACAAGCGAUACUGCGACAGCGACGAGCUUGUCGAUCGCAAGCCACUAGUAAAAGUUGGUCGUGAUGGUCUCACUAAGGCAGGUGCAACUUCGACAUUCUACAGCACCGCUUUCUUUAACUUGGGGUGUGCUGAAUACUGGGCGACUUGGGCCAACGACAACGAGGCACUCUGGACAAUCGCAAAACAUGGAAGCCUGGAAUUGCUUCAAUGGGCGUGGAAAAAAUUCCCAAGGGGCGAUUCGACCCCUUCUCGGAUCAUUACUGCCCUAGCCAGUCGAGGGCAUGUUGAAAGCAUCAAAUGGGUCAUCGAGAAUGGCUGUGAGAUUACUCAUAUUUGCUACAGUCCAUGGAAUGCGGCUGCACGUGGUGGGCACCUUGAAACUCUCAAAUGGGCCUACAGAAAUGGUCAAAGCAAGCAGGAGGGUUGCGAAGAACAGCAGGGGGGCACUUGGAAGUUCUAA